AUGGAUUGCGACAUCUGCCAUCGCGGCCACGACCCCCAGCGCCUGCCCUUUCUCUGCGCCGUGGACGCCCGCAACCAAGUGUAUGACGCUCGCCUCAAAAACCUCCAUCUUCUCAUCGAGAACGACACCCUGCAGGCCCAGAUCGCCAAGGCCAGCGCUGAUGGCCCGGCCACCGCUGACCUCACACUUGCGCAUCAGCGCCUCGCCGAGGACCGGGCAGACCAGAUCCUCGCCGCUGCGGACAAGCUGCGCACCGAGAUUCAGGCCGCGCGGGAUGAGAUCAAGACACGCCGGGCUGCCCUCGCGCGCCGCCGCUCCGAUCUCUCAUCUGUCUCGACGGGAUUAGCAGACCGGAGAGCCAGGCAGCAGCACGAGGUCGAGAAGUCGACGCAGAUGCUGCGCUUCCGCUGGUCCCAGGGUGCCGAGGAAAUGGCCCAGACACGAGCGUUCUUGUGCACUGAGGCUCUGCGACUGUAUGGACUGAAACGAACCAGGAAGAGCAACACGUCACGCUACGACUAUCAAAUAGGCAAGGUGCCAAUCGUCGACCUCACCAGCAUGGACUCCCUCGCUCCUGAAGUCAUCUCGACGUCCCUGGCUCACGUAGCACACAUCGUCAUGCUCGUCUCUCAUUACCUCGCCGUGCGCCUGCCUGCGGAAAUCACCUUGCCUCAUCGCGACUAUCCCCGGCCAACCAUCUUCAACCUACCCGGCUCGUACCAGCAUGGUCCUGUCGCAUUCCCUUCCUCCUCAUCCUCUUCCGCGCCUAUGUCCUCCGCGGCGCAAAUCCGGGACCCCGAGUCUCACCAUGUGCCCCGCCCACGCCCGCUCUACGUUGACAAGCCUCUACCGCAGCUGUCUAAAGAGGACCCGGCCAUGUACUCCUUCUUCCUGGAGGGUGUGACCCUGCUGGCGUAUGAUAUCGCCUGGCUGUGCAGCUGCCAAGGCGUGUCGAUCGGCGACAAAGGCUCUUUCGAGGACAUGUGCCACAUGGGCAGGAACCUGUACAACUUUGUCCUCGCAUCGCAGCUGCAGGGCUACGUGCAGCCGGCAAAGCCGGCAAACAACGGAUCGCACGGGGAAGACAACAACAGCGUUGAAUCCCGCUCGAACUGGAUCGGCCGGUACUCGCACGGCACCACCUACUACUACCUCGGCGGCGUGGAGGGAACCGACUUUAUUCGCACUUUCAAGCUGCCGAGCCCCAUGAAGCUCGCUGAUAAGCUCAAGAAGAAGUUGCUCGGCGACGCGCCUGGUGCCGAUUGGGAAGUGCUGGACGACGAUGCCUGGAAGCCCGACGAUGUCACCAAUGCCGAUGCAGGCGUCAGGGCACUGUCAGGUGCCUUCGCCGACAAGACGGGGCUUGAGGGACCGAGCUCCCCACGCGCGGGCACAAACGGAUGGACAAAGGUGAAACAUAGACCCUAA